CCCGGAUUACCACCACUACCACCACCAAAAGCAAUAACACGUGGUCGCACAAUCCCGAUCCCGAUCCCGAUACGCAAAGCAGCGCCCGUAGGAGUAGGAGUAAUGACAACAGGUACUACUACUACUACUACCACCAAGAGAACAGCAGCAGCAGCGACAGUAGCAGGCGCUCGCAAUCGGCGGCCACAAAAUGUGACUUGUUCUUCAACAAGAAUAAGAACAAGCUCUUCAGAAUCGGAUUCGAAUUCGAAUUCGAACAAUCAUGAUUCUGUCUUCUCUUCCCAUCAUCAUCAUCCUAGCCCGUUGGCUAGAUUUGGAUAUUGGCUUCGCUCAAAGGGUACUCCGCCGCAUGCUUCAUCUGCUUCUAGUCCAGGGUCGGCUUCGGCUUCGGCUUCUUCGUCGGAGUCGUCGGAGUCUGAUGGGUUGAUGUUUGAUAUGGAUAUGGAUGAUAAUGAGGAGGAGGAGGAUGGGGAGGAUAUCGUGGUUGCAGCAUCGGCUGGUAUAUCGGGUUUGAUGAUGGCGUCUUCACCACCAGUACUACCGACACUAUCACCGACACCGCCAGCGGGUAGUAGUACGCAGGUUGUUGCGGAAACUCCCCUGGGAGAUGGUAGUUUGGCUUUUCAACGGGCAAAUCGACAAGUCUGUUUGGAUGAUAUGGAGCAGUCUGGUCAACAUCACCAUCACCACCAG